AUGGCGUCUAGUUCAACGACACAACGACUCCUGCGCGAGCUGAAGGAUUACGCUAAAACGCCCAACGAAGCACUAUUACACCUGAGGCCGGUGGAUGACGAGGACCUAUUACGCUGGGAGGCAGUAUUGAAGGGCGUAAAUGGGUCACCGUAUGAGGGCGGUCUUUGGCACCUUCGCAUCACAAUACCACCAAACUACCCUCUCGCGCCACCGACAAUCCUGUUCACGACGCGCAUAUCGCAUCCCAAUAUCUCUUUUACGACGGGCGAGAUAUGCUUGACACUGUUGACUACUGAACACUGGAGUCCGAUCUAUACGAUUUCCACUACCCUCACUGCCAUCCAACAGCUCUUAACGGAUCCACAGCCUGAUUCUCCGCUUAAUGUUGAUGUUGCCGCGCUGCUGCGCGACGGCGAUAUCCCUGCUUGGGAAAGUAUUGUGCGAUACUGGACGGGCGAGGAGCGUUGGCAGGGCUCUGGGAAUCUUGUUCAAUGA